AUGCGUUUCUCCAUCCUCAAGACCGCCACCGCUGCCCUGGCCUUCAUCGGCGGUGCCCAAGCCGUCAUCAAGCACGAUGAGCUCGUUGAUCGAAUCAAGUCCUUGGCCGAUAAGACCGAGGCCCUUGCCAAGCCCGCUGAGGCGGUCACCCUUGCCGACCUUUCCAGCUUCGCCACUGGCAAGGGCCCCUCCCAUGUGGCAUUCCUCAAGGUCUCCAGUGAUGCUGACAUAUCUUCUUCAAAGGAACUCGUCGGUGGAUUCAUUGAGAUUGUCUCGAUCGCGGCCAAUACCAUUCCCGAGCUCUCGGGAGCAGCCAAGAUCAGCAGCGAUGCCGGUAUUGACGCCGUCACCGCCGCCUUUGAUGGCCUAGCCAAGGCUAGCAAGACCCUCUUCAACAUCCUCGCGGAAAAGCUCAAGAUUUUCGGCAACAUUCCCGUUGUUGGUCAGGCCAUCUCUGCCGUCCUCGGGGCCGCUCAGAAGAUCAUCAAUGAACUCGCGAAUGGUGUCAUUUCACUCGUCGACGGAAAAGCCGAGAAGCUCAAGUCUGUCACUGGUGGCCUCGAGAACGCCUUCGAAGGUAUCGUCGGGGACUUCGCCAAGCUCCUUGGUGCUUAA